AUGAUGAGAUGGGAAACAAAUAUUAGGCUCUUUUAGAUUAUACCAAGGUCAUAGAUUUGGAUCCAAAGAAUAUACAGGCAUAUAUUUAAAGAGGUAUCAAUAUCAUUUUAUAUGUAAUAGGAAUUUUAUUUGGGGAAUUGGGAUAAGGCCCUCAUAGAUUUUAACAAAGUUGUUGAACUAGUUUCUCAUCAGCCUUCCAAUAAUGCAUCGUUUUUUUAUAACAGAGGUAAUUAAACUUUGUGUUGAGUAGGAUUUUUUUAUUAGCAAAUGGGAAAUAAGAACCUCGCACUAGAUGAUAAUAGAAGAGCUAUUGAAUUGGAUCCUGAGGAUCCUUAAAGUUAUUGUAACAGAGGUAGCUGUUUAUUCUAUACUUAAUAGGAAUGAUCUUCAAAGAAAUUGAUGAACAAGACAAGCCACUAAUUGAUUAUAACAAAGCGAUUUAGUUGAAUCUAAAUAAGGCUGCUUUUUAUUUUCAUCGAUCUACUUUAUUUAUAAUGAUAUAUAUAUAUAGGGAUUUUAUAUAAUAAAAUAGGAAAUAAAUAGUUAUCUCUCUCAGAUUAUAAUUAGGCUAUUGAUUUAGAUCCUAAUGAUGUUUAGGCUUAUUAUAACGGAGGUUAUCAGUACAUUAUAUUGAAUAGGAGCCCUUCACUUUAUAAAGAAAAAUACAACUUAAGCAGUAUUAGAUUUUAAUAAGGCUAUUGAAUUGGAUCCUGAAGAUGAAUCAACAUUUUCAUAUAGAGGUUAUCAACUACUAUAUGGAAGGACUUAUAUAUUAGAAAGUGGUGGAUAAGAAUUAAGCACUCUAAGACUAUGACGAGGCAAUUGAAUUGAAUCCUAAAAACCAGUUGCCUUAUUAUUAAAGAGGUUAUUAGAAUAUUCUAGUGACUAGGAGUUCUAUAGAGUGAAAUUGGAAAUAACGAUCAGACCCUAAUAGAUUAUAAUACUAGUAUUGCAUUGGAUCCUAAUAAUUCCAAUUUUUAUACUAAAAGAGGUAAUUAAGCUAUUAAGUGUGAAAGGUGCUCUUUUAAAAGAACUUAAUGUAAACGAUAAAGCAUAUUAAGAUUACAAUAAGGCGCUUGAGUUGGAUUCUAAUAAUCUAUUUGCUCUUGCCAAUUUAGGUGAUCUAUAUUAUAAAAGGUAAAAUUAUACUAUAUCGUUUGAUUAAUAUUACCGAGUACUUAAUCUAUUGAUGGACAUAAACCUCAGCAAAUCAAACAGUUGA